AUGUUGACUGCACUGCGGUCAUCGAGUUCAUCAUCUCUCCUCCGCCGGUCAUGGCGUCUAGGUUCUCCAGUUUCCCGCCGCGGUCUCUGUUCUUCGUCAAUCGUCUCGGAAAGCAACGAUGGAGGCGAUAGGAGAAGCUUGCUGGAGCUCGGCGAGGUGGAGAAAAUCCUCAACGACGUGAGAGCCGACGACGUGAAGGUGAUACCGGUAGGAAAACGCUGCGAUUGGGUUGAUUACAUGGUGGUCGCCACGGGAAGGUCGACCUGGCACGUCAAGAACAUCGCUGAAGCUCUCGUUUACAAGGCAAGGUUCGUGAAGCAGAAACAGAAGGGAGUUGAGAGGAUGAUGCUUCCAAGCGUGGAAGGGCAAGAAGAAGGGAAGUGGAUCGUCGUUGAUUCGGGUAGGGUGAUAGUUCAUGCCCUAGAUGAGAAUGCUAGAGCUUACUACAAGUUGGAGAACCUUUGGAAUUCAGACCCAUCGCAGAAGGAGCCAUCUCAGGAUCUAGCAAAGGCUUUUGUGAAGAUAAGACCGAAGAACAAUUCCAAGAAGAGAGUGCAGGGUGCUUGA